UCCUCUCCUCUCCCUAACCGCCCUCACCUUCACUAUAAAUAAUUUCUCAAACCCUCACUUGUUCUUCACUCAGCUUCCGAAUUUACACAAAUACCAUUUACGUACAUAGACAUAUUUUCAAGCAAUGGCUUUGAAGAAUUUGGUUUUUCUUUCCAUGGUGACACUGAUCGCAUCCCUCAUUAUGAGUGCAAGUAAUGCAACUGCUACUAGGAAAAUUUCUGCAGGGAUCAAAACGAGCGGUGAAGGCGAAGGCGGGCUAGUGGAAUGCGGAAAUGCGCUGGUGGAGCUGAAAUCUUGCUCGCAAGAGAUUGUUGUGUAUUUCCUGAAUGGGAAGGCUAAUAUCGGCCCAGACUGUUGCAAAGCUAUCGCCACCAUUACACGUCACUGCUGGCCUGCAAUGCUUACUUCCCUUGGCUUCACUGCAGAACAAGGUCACAUCUUACGAGGCUACUGUGAUGCUGCGGCUGCUGUGACUACUACUGCUCCUGCUGCGGGGCCACUUGCUCGUACAACACCUCUAAUCAGUUGUUGAAUAAUUAAUCUUGCAUGUUGUUUGGUGAUCGAUCCUGCUUAAUCAUUUUAUUGUUCAUGCCGGCCUGUCAUGUUAUUUUCUUUUCAUGUUUGGUUUGAGGUAU